GUAUUAUUAAACGCCGCCCUCUAUCGAACGCCGCUUCAAAAAUUUGGAUUUUGUAAUAAAUCCCGCGGCGUUCUUUGGAGGAAAUACGGAACGUCAUAACAUUGGCACCAUACCACAGGGAACUGAGGCGGUAUGAGCUUGGAAAGUUUUCACAGAAGAUGGCCUAAGUAAGAGGCCCCUUGCCAGUACCAAAAACCUUGAGGUGUCGUCUAUAUUACUCGGUGGUUAUCAGUUUAGCAUUGCUGAGAAAAUAAAUAUGGCAAUGAAGCAGCUUGUUGAGGGAGAAUGUGGGGGAGCUAAUCCUCUCAUGAAAAUAACAUCACAUUUUACUCAAGACAAAGCAAGGCAACAGGAUAGAGUUCACAGAGAUCAACAAAGAUUUGGGCAAAAUCAUUUCCAUGAAACACCAGAGGAAGAGCUUGUAAGGGAAUAUUUUCAAGGACCAAGAUACGAUGCAGCACCACAAUCUUUUCGGAUGGACCGCCUGCUUGAUGAGAUGCAGGGGAUUGAGCAGUUAUCUGAAUUUCCCCCAACAAUUCCUGCUUUCCAAGACGCAAAAUCCGAGGCUUGGGCAUCAGAAUAUCUGUCUUCACAUUCAAACCAGGAUGAUGUUUCUAGCUCUUGGAUCGAUGAAUACUCAAGGCAUACGGUAGCAGAUGAACAUUCGCAGAUGAAACUCGGCUCAACAAGUUCAAGAUGGGCGGAAGAAUACCUGGAAAGUGCAAUUACGAAAGACGAUAGACAUGCAACUGCUAAGGAGAUCCUUGAUAAAGUUGAUGACGAUAAUCUACGUAAGACAGAGGAACCUGAUGUCGGUGAUGACUGGGCAAAAGAAUACGAAACUCAGCACACAGCUGUAGACGAAGACGCACAGAAAUGGAUUGAUGAGUACGCGCUAACUGAGAAUGAAACAGAUUAUUGGCGAAAAUUACAACAGGAGUGGGACGAUAUAUCAAGUAACGAUUUUAAUGACGAAUAUCCUUGGUUGAAGCAAUAUGGCGAUGAACAGAAAAAGGAAUACACUUUUGAAGAAGAAAAUCCAUUCAAAGAUUAUCCAAAUGCUUUUGAAGAAGGUUUGGUGAGACUCAAGGAAGGCGAUCUUAUUAGUGCAAUUUUGCUGUUUGAAGAGGCUGUUCGUGUGGAUCCAGAACAUGCGGAGGCUUGGCAGUAUCUCGGCACGAGUCAGGCUGAAAAUGAACAGGAACCGCUGGCUAUAAGUGCCCUUAACAGAUGCUGUGAGCUGCAACCUCAUAAUCUUGUGGCAAGAAUGGCUUUGGCUGUCAGUUAUACCAACGAAUCAUUACAGCUCCAGGCCUGCGAGUCACUCAAAGAUUGGUUACGUUACCAUCCCAAGUACAAAAUACUAGUCCCAGCGGAGAUAGGCGCGCAGAAGCCCAACGUCUCGUCUCUAAUGACGAAAGAGACAUUUGACAAUGUGCAUGAUUUGUUCCUUGAAGCUGCCAGGUUGGCGCCAGAUUCCGACAUUGAUGCUGAUGUGCAGGUUGGUUUAGGCGUUCUGUUUAACCUGAAUGGCGAAUACGAGAAAGCAAUCGAUUGUUUUAACACUGGAUUGCAGUCACGGCCUACUGACCCUUACAUAUGGAACAAAUUAGGAGCAACGUUAGCAAACGGUGGUCGUAGCGAGGAGGCUGUGGAGGCCUACCGACAUGCAUUGCAUUUGAAUCCAGCUUAUAACAGGGCUCGAUACAAUCUUGGCAUCAGCUGUCUCAAUCUUGGGGCUCAUUUGGAAGCAGUUGAGCAUUUCUUGACGGCGCUAAACAUGCAAAGAAAAGGCGAAAAUCCAUCAGGAGCAAUCACAACAAUGUCAGAUAACAUAUGGUCAACUUUUCGAAUGACAAUUUCUUUACUAGACUGCAGCUGGUAAAGCCAGCUGGAAAGAACUGCUCAAGGCGUACAAAGAAAGGAGAACAGGGAUAUGGAGCAGAAAAGUAGCGGCAAGCCAAAAUGAGAGGUGAUUUCUUCAAUUGCACAUCCACCUUUCCUAGCUGAAACAAAGGACAUUUAAAUUACAAAUGAUUCAAAAUCAUAUAUUUGCUAGAAUGUCGAAAAAGGUAUUUUUAGUCUUGUAUACAUUAAUUUUCUAUUCACUG